AUGUGUAAUGUUGUGUUUUCUGUCAUCCAGCAGAAACAGGCUCUCGGGUUGAAAUUGAGUUUGCUUCCCGUGGAGCCAUCAACGUCAAUGGCUGCUCUGCUCUGCUCUCACCAAUAUAGCCCCCGAGUCACAACUAUCCGCAACGGCGCUGGCAGGCUUCGUCUCCUUGUCCCCCUUGCUUCGACGUGUCGUAUCGUGUCGUCCAUCUUUACACCGAAGACAACGAAAAGAAAGAGGUUUGCGUCGGCACUACACCAAGCAUCCAUCCGAAGCCAUCAUCUCGUACGACUCUUCUCAUGCAUAUUCACGCACGCUUUCCCCCGUGGGACCCCCCUCAGCAACUUGAUUGUCUCCGCUCCAACUCCUCCUUCUCGCGCCAAUACACGCCGGCGGGGAAGCGCUCUCGAUGUCGAUCUCUGCUUCUUUCUCUUUGCUGCUGGAGCACAUGUCGAUUCUCGUUCGCUGCACUACAUGGCGCUUGUCAGCCCUUGCUCUCGCUUUGCUCCUCAUCGCCUAUCGACGAUGCCCAUUGAGGUUAUCCCUCGCCGUGGAUUUCCACAUCAACCACUCACAGCCAAGCCACACACACGGCUAUCGGAUCCAGGCGCCAAGUCUCAGCCAGAAGACGGGCCGACACUUGGACGAGCAUUUGCGCGCUUUUCCCGUCGGCACCAGCAACAGCAACAGCAGCCAAGCCAGGGGUGGCUCGGUUCGGUUCACGAUGCCUCGUUUCGGCGUCGUUUUCGCCCAGCCCCUGAUAGGGCAAAUGGUGAGAUUCCACUGCCAGCACUUCAACGCCGUACUUUGUACAUCGUCAGAAUAGCAGCCACGUUGCAGCAGAGCCCCCUGACGGCAAAUGAAAACGUGGUGCAAGGAGCUCACCGCAAUACGCCACGGGUAUCUCUCUGCGCAGUCAAGUCGACUCUCUCUCUCUCUCCUUCGUCUCUCAUGCAGAUCAGCUCCCUCCGGCCUUGUUCGCCUGUCCCCGGAACGGCGGACCCAAUUGGCAUUGACGCUGCAUUGUCGCGGGUCCACUGCGUUAGCAGGUACUUGCAUCCUCCCCAACGUUACCUUGCGAAUGCUUGGGACUUUUUAUCAACUCCACGGCUAUUCCCCCGAGCUCCCAAAAGCAGCGCCUCCGCCGGCUCCGUAGGGGCGGAUCCACCGCACCGCCGUAACAAACCGGCCAACCAGUUGAGCUCCGUGAGCCAUCAUGGAGCCACCGUUUCGUCUUGGCGGCAUAAUAGUGAACAUGGGGGGAGCAGGUUAGCAGGCUUGACAGGCAAAAAGGGCGCAAAAGCGGCAGAGACCGGGGGUGGUUGCUUAGGCUGA